UUUGGGGGCGAGAAUUCCCAGGAAGGCGCGGAAGCGGCGCUCGGCUGUGUGUGCCCGCCCGCCGAACACCCCUCGGGUUCCCCCGCUCCGCAGGUGGCUGCGGCGGGAUGGCGGUGGUUUGGCCAGCGCUCAGCCUGCUCCCCCGGGCCACCUGGGCUGCCGUGACACCGCUCGGCCCCGCCCGCGGUCGUGCGCGAUCCGUGUGGGAAAAGGAAAGAGGCGCCCGGUGCGUAAAACACAAGGAAUUCCUGUUGCAGUCCAGGAGAACAGAGAGUGACAAUAAGAUGGCUUCGCUGAGUGUGAGCCAUGUGAAUGUGGGAGUUGAAGAUGAGUGCUGCUGCACAGAUCUGAAGUCAUUUUGCCUGGAGUUAAUUUGUGAAACGCUUCCAUUGAAGCGCUUGGACUCUCUCCCGAGGUUCUUUUGCAUAAGCAGCAGGCUGACAUUUGCCUCUUGUCCACAGACACAGAGUUCUGCUAAACCUCUUCAGACUAGUCCUCUCACCAUGGAAGCUGAAGAAACGGUGGAAUGUAUCCAAGAAUUCCCUGAACACUAUAAAGUUAUUUUGGAUAGACUGAAUGAACAACGUGAGCAGGACCAGUUUACGGAUAUCACUCUGAUUGUCGAUGGUCACCAUUUCAAAGCUCAUAAGGCUGUUCUUGCUGCCUGUAGCCAGUUCUUCUACAAAUUCUUCCAAGAUUUCACUCAGGAGCCCUUGGUGGAGAUUGAAGGUGUAAGUAACAUGGCAUUUCGUCACCUAAUUGAGUUCACCUAUACAGCAAAACUAAUGGUCCAAGGUGAGGAAGAAGCAAAUGAUGUUUGGAAAGCAGCUGAGUAUCUACAGAUGUUAGAAGCGAUCAAAGCACUUGAAAUCAGGAAUAAAGAAAAUUCAUCACUGUUAGAAUCAAAUCAAGCACAAGGUAAAAAUAAACCAAAAAAGAGGAAGAUAGCUGAAACCUCUAAUGUUAUCACAGAAACACUGCCAUCUGCAGAAUCAGAUCCUGUUGAAAUUGAGGUUGAGAUUGCUGAAGGGACGAUUGAAGUGGAAGAUGACAGCAUCGAAACACUGGAAGAAGUAGCUUCUGCAGAGCAAUCCAUAAAGUACAUACAGACAACGGGUACAUCAGAUGAAUCUGCUUUGGCUCUUUUGGCAGAUAUCACCAGCAAAUAUCGUCAGGGAGAGAGAAAAUGCCAGAUCCAAGAAGAAGGUGAUAGUGCAACUGAUCCCUCGUGCAAACAGGUAGAAGGUAUUGAAAUUGUGGAACUUCAGCUGUCACACGUGAACAAUCUAUUCCACUGUGAGAAAUGUAACCGUUCAUUUAAAUUGUUUUACCAUUUUAAGGAACACAUGAAAACACACUCUACUGAGAGUUACAAGUGUGACAUAUGCAAUAAAAGGUACCUACGAGAGAGUGCUUUGAAACAGCACCUCACCUGUUACCACCUUCAUCAAGGUGGUGCCAGCAAGAAGCAAAGACCUGGCAAAAAAAUACAUAUAUGCCAGUACUGUGAUAAGCAGUUUGACCACUUUGGACAUUUUAAAGAGCACCUCCGGAAGCACACAGGUGAAAAACCAUUUGAAUGUCCAAACUGCCAUGAACGUUUUGCUAGGAAUAGCACGCUCAAAUGUCACCUGACAGCCUGUCAGUCUGGAGCUGGAGCUAAAAAGGGAAGAAAGAAGCUGUACGAAUGUCAGGUUUGUAACAGUGUGUUUAACAGCUGGGAUCAAUUCAAAGAUCACUUGGUAAUACACACCGGUGACAAACCCAACCACUGUACCUUAUGUGAUUUGUGGUUUAUGCAAGGCAGUGAGCUGAGAAGGCAUCUCAAAGAAAUGCACGAUAUUUCAGAACGAAUAGUGACAGAAGAGGUUCUUCCAGUGGAAGCUGUGGAAGCUGAACCAGUAACAUCAAUGACUAUAAUAGAACAAGUGGAGCAAGUCCACGUCCUACCAGUAAUUCAGGUACAAGUGGAUCCUGCACAGGUAACUGUGGAACAGAUGCACCAGGAUCUCAUACAGGACAAUCAGGGGAAAGGCACACAGAUAGAUGAACUGCAAGAACAGGUGCAAAUUAGUUACUUGGAAGUUGAACACAUUCAAACUGAACAAGGUGCUGAAGUUCAUGUGGAGCAGUUACAUGUUGAGCAUGUAAAUCAAAUACAGAUGGAAGAAGUACAGGCAGAACUUAUAGAUGGAACAGACCUUGAACAAGUAGAAUAUGAAACUGUUGAUCAAGGAGAAGCAGAAGAAAAGGAACCUAAUCAAGUAGAUGAUGCAGAUAAGGAAGAUCAUGAACAAGCUGAAGACUUAAAAACUCAACAGUUAGUGGGCACACAGAAUGAAAAGAUGGAUGACUAGGACAAAUAACCACACUGUGCAGGUUUAGGAAUGAAAUACCAAAUUAUUUUUCUUAACUUUUACAUUGGUUUUUGAACCGUCAGUGGUCAGCUUUCCAAUAUGCUGUCUUUAGGAAGCUGGACAAGUGGACCAAAAUUAGCUUUCUUCAUGUACAACUAACUGGUGUUAGUUCUUCUGUCAUAUGUGAAAAAUAACUUUUCAUGCAAUACCAUGGAACAGAAACUACCGCAGACACGGACAGCUUUGUGAGGAUUUUAAUCAUGAAUAGCUUGUGUCAUUGUUGCACCAUCCCUGGAUAUGUAUUUAAGAGUAACUUCACCUCUUUUCCUCUUGCAAUAGAAGAAAUCUCUUGUUAUAGAUUUGCAGGGUGUCUGUGACAGAAGAAUCAGUAAAAUCUGGUGGGUUCUAUUGUAAGUGACAAUUGGGUACCUGUGAAUUUUUGGAUCAGACUGUUUCCUGUAUCCUAACAGCCGUCCCUAACUUUCAGGCUGGGGAAAAAACAUUGUUGCUGGAGGUCUCUGAGCACAAAAGUCGUGUGCCUUUUCAACACUGACUGGUUAAAUUUCCGCAAAGUUGCUAGAGUGUUCAAGAACCUACUUCAGUAAAAAGCAAUGUAGGUAAUGUUACAGUGCUUCAUAUUUUUGCUUAAAAUUGUCAGCUACUGAUUUUUUUUUUUUUUUUCAUUAAAUUCAGUAGAGGGGUGGGUGAGGGAGGAAACAGAUUCCAUGUGGAGGCAGCAGGACACUCUAAAAGGAACACUUUAAAAUAGGAAAAGCGCAGUAGAAUCUGUGGUAAACAUGAGCUGGAAGAAAGCUACCAGCAGAUUCUUCUUUUAUAAAUCGUCAUUUUUGAAAAUUAAUAUGUUUAAACAUAAAUAUAGGAGACUUGUCUAUAUGGUAUCAGAUUCCUGGUUUUUUGAAAUGAAAUUCUGACACUUGACACAAAGAUGUGCUAAACUUAAAAGUAAAAGCCAUACGUAUGCGUGGUAAACUGUGGAUUGAAAAGUAGGAGUGUAAAUAAUUUAAUCAAUAUUAGACAAUAAAACAAUACCAACCAUGAAAUGUUGCAUCAUUUGUUUCAUCCAAUAAAUUAGGAACAACUGAGUGACUGGCGAUUAUAGUGCCAGCUCCCAGUGGUAAGACUCAAUCUCAUUUUUAGUAAGAAUAAUAGCUCUUCACUGUAAAGUUAGAUUUAUUUUUUUUUUUUUAGAAAAUAAUUGUCUAGCUUUAUGUUCAAGCAUGCUAAGGACUUCUAAUUCUCAAUUAUUGCCUUGAGAUUAGAGGUGCUGCACACUUCUGAAAAACUUUCUUUUCAAAGCCUUAACUGAAGGGAGGAAUUUUUGCAAGGACGUUCCCUAACGCUAUCGGUAUUCCUGUAGUUCUUAGUUAAAAUCAGGCUCUUCUAUUCAGUCCUCUCCAAAUGCAGAAUUAUUUCCUGGGAUUUGUGCUUUUAUUAGUCUCGUUCAAAAUGAUUCUUGUGUUUCAUCGUAGCCUUUGAGAAAUUGUUGCAAAACAAACAUGGAUCUCAAUUAAAAUUUUAAACAAUUUGA